AUGUCAUCCCUAGCGAGUCCUAAAUAUUAUUCCCUGUUACAGCCAAAUAAUAAGUCAGGAUUAUUAGAAGCUUCUGCAUUGCUGAUAUCUUCGUACCCACCCUCAUCUUUUAGUACAAAUACAGGCACAUCCACCACCACCACAACUAUACCAGCUUCUUCAAAUGGCAAAGGCAAGCGGAAUUUACGUUAUAAGUUUGAACAGCCGCAUUCUAUAAACUCCGAACAAAAGACUACUUCUUGUGCUCCACAAAAUAGUUCCAAUUUUAGUGACAAUCACAGUCUUGCAAGUACAAGUUCCAAACACAGCAAAAACUCAGCAGCUGCAACAAAACCUAUAGAAGCAGAAAGUGGGAUAAAAAACCACGAUUUAUCAUCAGAUAUCAAAGAAUUAUCAUAUCAUUUAGUUAAAGUCGACACAAGAAUGUCGAUGGACCAAAGGUAUUUGGAAAGUCCACUUCAGUAUGCUGCGAAAUUGAAUUUGACUCAGAAUGAAAUCGAUAUGGUUAGAUACACAUGGAACCAAAUGCUAAUGGAGGAUAAAUCAAACAAGAUCAAACAAAUACCUGGGGAGUUUUCAACUUCGGCGACUAUCGGCGAAACUCCCAAUUGCUCAUCAAUAUCGCUUGGUUUGUUUUGUCGACAAUUUUAUGCAAAUAUUUUGAUUAGAGCGCCCGAUUUGGAGAAGAUGUUUCCGUCAAUUAAACACCAGGCUAUUAGUUUUGCUGAGGUGAUGACCUUGAUCAUAUCGCAGUUGGAGGAUUUAUCAGUACUAAAUACAUAUUUUGUCAAGUUGGCGAAAAAGCAUUCGAGAGUAUUGGGGAUAGGUGCAGUACAUUUUGAAGUUAUGGGUGAAGCAUUGAUGCAAACAUUUCGAGAAAGAUUUGGUCCACAAUUCACUUUGGAGUUGGAGAUAUUGUGGAUUAAGGUAUAUUUAUUUUUGGCCAAUACCUUGAUGCAAAUGGGUCUAGAUCCUAGAUUAAGGCCUGAGUUGAUUGAGUCCAAACUGCUGUAUAAUGGAUCUAGCAGCUUAUCUGAAUCAAGUGAUGCUAAUAGUUUAAUGACUAGUGACGCAGAGGUUGGGUCAAUAUUGACAAACACUACAACAAAAAGUCCGUGUAAAAGUCACACGAGUUUUGCUGCUAAUAAAAGGUUGCUCAUGUCAACACCAGCUCCUCUACCAAACGAAGCAAACCACCCCCAGCCUAUACCUCAAAUUGUUGAAGAGAAAAAGACUAAAUCAAAUAGGUUUGCUAGAAUUAAGAGGAAGGGUGGAGAUUGUGUUGUUAUGUAA